AUGUGGUGGAGGUCGUUCUUACGUCUUCAACACGAGACAAUUACUGGCGAUAAAAUUGAUGUGGAUCACACCUGCUUGGCAGAGGACUUCGCUACGAAAAAGGAAUUCUGUCAGAGUCUGGAGACACGUGGACUACUUUAUGCGCUUUCUUCGGGCGAACUUGAGGAUAUUGGUUUCACUUUCGAUUGGUCGAAUGAUCAAGAAGACGCGGGUAAGCGUCGAGACGCCAGCAUCUCUCGCAAGUUGUAUCGCAUCAAAGUAAAAUUACAAGCCGCAUCGUUGUCUGAAAUCAUUGGUGUUCUUCUCCUCCCUCGUUCCGUAUAG